AUGGCCGACGGCAAUCAAUCUGUCGAUCAGUCUCAAUAUAUCCAAAAUGCGGUUCGCGCGGUGAAUGAGAAGCGGCCAGUCCCUGAAAUUGACUUCACGUUGCACACAAUGGAGGAUGGCACCCAGGUCAGCACGAAAGAUCGAGUCUGUAAAGAUGUACAAGCGCCCGCCUUCACAACCCCUACUCAGGAACAGUUCCUAGACCCGCGGGACAAAUCGAAGCCAAACAUUCAAUUUUUGAAGAAUCAUCUGUACAGGGAGGGGCGAUUGACCGAAGACCAAGCCUUGUGGAUCAUCAAGCAAGGAACUGAACUCCUUAAGAAAGAGCCGAACUUGCUGGAGAUGGAUGCACCAAUCACGGUAUGCGGUGAUGUACAUGGACAGUACUACGAUCUUAUGAAACUCUUUGAAGUCGGUGGAGAUCCAGCUGAUACAAGGUAUCUCUUCUUGGGCGACUAUGUGGACAGGGGGUACUUCAGUAUUGAGUGUGUACUGUACCUUUGGUCUUUGAAGAUCCACUAUCCGAACACUCUGUGGCUUCUUCGGGGAAACCACGAGUGUAGGCAUUUGACCGACUAUUUUACCUUCAAGCUGGAGUGCAAGCACAAAUACUCAGAGACGGUCUACGAAGCCUGUAUGGAGUCCUUCUGUGCGCUUCCAUUAGCUGCAGUCAUGAACAAACAGUUCCUUUGUAUUCAUGGUGGCUUGAGUCCCGAGUUGCACACGCUAGAGGAUCUGAAAAGCAUCGAUCGGUUCCGCGAGCCCCCUACUCACGGACUCAUGUGUGACAUCCUCUGGGCUGAUCCACUCGAAGAGUUUGGACAGGAGAAAACGAAUGACUUCUUCAUCCACAAUCACGUGCGUGGUUGCUCAUACUUUUUCUCUUAUCCUGCGGCUUGUGCUUUCCUGGAGAAAAACAAUUUGCUCUCCAUCAUCCGUGCACAUGAGGCUCAGGAUGCUGGGUACCGCAUGUAUCGCAAGACCAGAACGACUGGCUUCCCUAGUGUCAUGACAAUUUUCAGUGCGCCAAACUAUCUUGAUGUGUACAACAACAAAGCUGCCGUCUUGAAAUAUGAGAACAACGUUAUGAACAUCCGUCAAUUCAACUGCACACCUCACCCGUACUGGCUCCCCAAUUUCAUGGAUGUGUUCACGUGGUCUCUGCCAUUCGUAGGAGAGAAGAUUACCGAUAUGCUCAUUGCUAUUCUCAAUACAUGCUCCAAAGAGGAGCUCGAAGAAGACACCAUGUCGAUUUCUUCCGGUCCCAGCUCUCCGCCGAUAACCGCCGCGGAUGCCUCUGAUCCGAACUCCGUCGAGUUCAAGCAGCGUGCAAUCAAGAACAAGAUCCUUGCCAUAGGACGGAUGUCGAGGGUAUUCCAGGUUUUGCGAGAAGAAUCUGAGCGGGUGACUGAGCUCAAAACUGCUUCGGGUGGUCGUCUUCCAGCAGGUACAUUGAUGCUGGGUGCUGAGGGCAUCAAACAAGCUAUCACCAGCUUUGAAGACGCCCGCAAAGUCGAUCUUCAGAAUGAGAGACUACCACCGAGUGGCGAGGAAGUUCGGAAGUCACAUGAAAAUCACCGCAACGAGGCGAUUGAGAAAGCAACGAAAGAAGCAGAGAAUGACACAAACCUUGCAUCUGUUGCGAGGAGAAUCAGCAUGUCUUCUGGAUCACGAGGAAAGCGUAGCUAG